GGUCAGUCCAGUCAUCAAAGCAAAGGUGUCAAAGUAGCAGAAAAAAGACGGAAUUUAAACAUGGUGUCAAAUUAUUUGGAGAAAACCUAAAGUUUUGGUAAAUUAUAGCACUCGCAGCUGGAAAUUAGUUUAGAUUUUCGUUUCAUAUCGAUAAGUUAUCUCGAACGUGCGUUUUAGUUUGUUGUUUUCUUUGCUUAAGCAUUCGUAAUCUAGUGAUCCAUUAUCACAGGCUGGAAGGUUAAUCACGUAUACAUAUAUGAUCGGGUCAUACUUCUGGAACUGUACCAUUCGUCAUCAACCCUUGUUAACAAUGCUUAGUAGCAGUGCGGUUUGCAGAUAAGAAAUUGCUGGGAAAAUAGUAGCAUAAGAUGUCCGAUACCAAACCCGAAACGCAACAGCAGCAAUCGAGCUCGAGGAUUGUAGAACCAUCAGCAGAACGGCAGAUUCCAUCAGUAGCACCUGUGGUUAAUUCAGAAGUGUCCUCACCCACUAGUGCAGACUCUCCUGCAAUAAUCGAGACCACUUCUUGCACACUGACCAUAGACGAGGGCGGUAGACCCCCUUUAGCGUCGGAGGAGGACACUAGCAGCACAAUCAGUAACAUUCCAGCAAUUACGGUCACUAUUAUUGAUAAUCUUACAGCUCCCACAACGACAACUAGCAGCAACGCUUGCCUUGGCAGCCAGGGUUCUGAGGGACAGACGGUACUAGCCACAGUACAUCAAUCUCAGUUUUCGAUCGUCGUCGAAAGGCAAAACUCCGUCAAUUCUAACGAAGGCAACAUGUCUAACAAUAACAACAAUAAUGUUGGCUUUCGGAACACAUUUAAUGGUCGGGUUCCGUUUGCCAGAAUGCUUUCCGCUGGAAGUGGAACGGAUCGACGAGUCAGCAACGACGCAGCUGGUGGGCGAGUCGCUGUGAACUUAAGCAAUAACCUGCUGAGUGAUUUAUUUGCCUUCAUGCAGCAAGCGCGCAAUCCCAACAAUUUAUUCUCGUCUGAGCGCCGUAAUCUUUUCAACCAAUCCGGGCGCUCUGUUUCUCAUAUGCCGGGCAGCACUACUCCUCCGGUCAACCACGGUCUGGGAAACCCUAGCGAUGUUGUUAUAGAUGUGGACAAUAUGACAGGGCCGUCACCUCGGUCUUCCAACAAUGAAAUCUAUCCCAUUUCUACGUCAUCGUCGAUCGCUAGCAGCAUUAGACCGAACUCAUGGAUUCAACCGAACUCCGGUGAUGAAGAUGCUAGCAAUGCUAGUAACGUAGGACGACCGACGAUGAUGCCAAACUUUAACUAUCAUCACCAUCAUCAUCAUUUCCACAACCACCAGCCAUUGUCUACUGUGCAUCAUCAGCUUCUCACACAGCAAUCGGCCCCAGCUGGCCAACAGCAAAGCCUACCAUUGUCGCUGGGAGCUGCUGCUAGUGGAAGUGGCAUUCCAGCAUCGGAACCUCUACACCAGCAACCGACAACGCCCACCAAUCCGAAUCCUAACAACGGAACUCGCAGCAACAGUAUCAGUUCCAAUAAUCAACCAUCGGACGAAACCACGGUCCAUGAAGCUUUAAAUCAAAUUCCAGAAGCUCGUAUAAUGAUUGACACAUUUGCUCGCUACAUUCCGCUGAUGUUCAUACUGAUUACCAAACUAUGCUACGAUCAUCUCGACGGAAUCAUCCAUUUCCUAGCCUUGCUGAUGACUUUCUCCCAUGCCAACUGGGUAGUGCGGCAGGAAAUCUCCAAGCAGGCCCAGAAACGGAUAAUGGUACUACUUCGGGAACUGAUUUUCAUAGUCGUAGCACUGGUUGUGGUUGGCUUCUUGCUCGAGCGCAAGAAUAUUUUCCUCAGUAUCAUGUUUAUGCCGGAUCUUUCUGAGCCGCUAAGUCUUAAGUCGCUGCUUUUUUCCGUAUGCAUGUCCGAUUUGGUGCUGAAAUUGUUAACUAUCGUGGUGAAAAUUGUAGUAACUCUAAUGCCACCGAGCGUAAUCGAGUACAAAAGCCGGGGAAAAAUCUACCUUAUGACCGAGGCGCUCUCUCAGCUAUACCGCUCGGCGGCACCGAUUCAACCGUGGCUCAUCUUUCUCUUCGAAUCCUACUCUGGAUCGGAGAAAAUUGUUGGCGUAAUUCUGUCCGCCGUCUACAUGGUCGCUAAGUCGUCCGAUUUGCUCGAUCGGAUUAAGUUCUGCAAGUGGUCCGUGAUCAAGUUGCUUCAGAAAACGAGCUACGGAACAAUUCCAUCGAAGGAGCAGUUGCAGGCAUGCGGUGGCCAGUGUCCAAUCUGUCACGACAGCUUCAACUCGCCGGUCCUGCUAGAAUGUAAUCACAUUUUUUGCGAGCUAUGCGUCGGUACGUGGUUUGAUCGGGAGCAGACGUGUCCACUCUGUCGGGCCAAGAUCGUUGACGACCCGUCCUACCGGGAUGGGGCAACCACAUUUUUCCUACAGUUGUACUAACUAAACAAAAAAAUGCAAUCUUAUUUUAUGUUGUUGAAGGAAUCAAUAGUGCGCAGAAUGUGAUGUGAUGAAAAUGUGAACGAUAGCUUUUUUAAGGCCAAGUGAAAUGGUUCGGAACUUUUUGCUUUGCCAUAAAGAUUUUGUUUUACGCGUAUCGGCUUUUCUCCUCAGCAGUCAAUCUUAUCAUUCUCUAUUGUUUUGAAACACGUGACAUAAUGUGAAGAAACUGUUGAAGCACAAACAUGCUUCUGCUAAAAAGUGGUUCACUUUCUAAGCUAAAUUGUUUAGUAGAUGUUUAGUUGCUAUACGUAGAGCUAUUUUUAUUGAACUCAGUUUAUCUGCAGUCUAUUCCAACGGUUAUACAAAUCAUGAAGUGAAUACAUCACCUGUUGUGUCUAAUGCUAGUAAAAUGUAACAAAUGUCCAUUCGUAGUGGUGGGACAUAGAGUGCGAAAGAUUAUGACGGUGAAUUGAAGUGAAGCCAUCUUGCAAACCAAAACAUAAUAAUGAAAAGAAGUGUGUAAUACGUCUGUGCUUUGAAACGUGAUGUUAACAAAACAAAAAGCCAGCGGAAAACUAUACCAGGUUUGCCGUUUGUGGGAAGCAAACGAGGGAUGAAACAGCACAUGGUGCAUUACGAGCAUUACAUACAAGUAACAGCAGAUAUAUUAUUUUUCAAAUCCAAGAAGGAAUAUUAAUAGUUUCAGCAUUGUUAGCAA